AUGGCCACAGAAACCGAGACAAUUGAAUUUUGGACCCCUCCAUUUGAUGCCCGUUUUCCUAAUGCCAACCAAACAAGGAACUGCUGGCAAAAUUAUGUUGAUUUUCAUAGAUGUCAGAAGAUAAAGGGUGAGGACUAUGCACCAUGUGAAUACUUCAAGAAAGUUUAUAAGUCUUUGUGCCCUAAUGAAUGGAUUUCAAGAUGGGACGACCAAAGAGAAAAGGGUGCUUUCCCAGCCAGAAUUUAG